UGCCCACCAGCGUUUGACAAGGAUGCAGGCAUUUUCUUUCACCCAUUUCCUGCAUUUGUGUGAAUGCAUCUCAGAUCCAUUUAUCCUUAGGAAAAUUUGUAGGCCUCACCCCGGAGGAGAGAAAACCGGUACCUCCAUUCACCCCUGGGGAAGGGUGAUAGCUACAGGCUCCUAAGGUGUGUCCCUUCUUGAAAGGUUUGUGGGUGGACACUGCUCCACCGCUCUGAGCUAAGUGAACUGAGGCGAUAGAUAAAGAGCUCAAAGCAGGUCCCUAACCUUGGUAUUUUGCUCCCUAAUCAGAUACCAGGCUUGCCUCGCCUUCCUGAUGGCAGACACCUGGAGCGAUGAGGGCAUGGGGCCACCUGGCUCCGCUAAUUCCGGUGAUGAUUCUCGGGUGGAAUUCUCACCUCGGCGAGUUCCCUACAAAUUGCCCCGGUGUGUAGCAAGGAAAACCAUCUUUCCGCAUCCUCGAGGGGGUCGCCGCCCACCAGUGCAGGGAAAGCCUGGGGAGGGUUUCGCUCCGCGCGGCUAGAAGUGGUAGGGUUUAGGGCUGCUCCCGCCGGUGCCGCUGCCUAUUUAGUGGGGGCGUGGUGGGUAGCUGGACCGCGCUGAUGGCUGCCUGGGCGGGCGAGGCGCGGGAUGCACACAUGUUCCCGGCGAGCAUGCCCCAUUCCUGCCCGCAUCCCCACCCGCAAGUCGACAAGGCCCAAGAAGGUUGGCGGUUCCGUGCCGGGGGUUACCGGCCUGCGCCCCCUUCCUUCUUUCCCGGCUGUGGGCAGCUCACCGCCGCCGAGUACUUCGACAGCUACCGGCGGGUGCAGCUCAUGGCCCUGUUGUCGCGGGCGGGUCCCCGGCCGGUCUGCAGCCGCGAUGCUGUGGUGCAGGUGAAUCCGCGCCGCGACGCCUCGGUGCAGUGCUCGCUCGGGCGCCACACGCUGCAGCUUGGACAGCGCCGACAUAGCCCAGAGGUCCGGUCCGGUUCCCGCCAACCCUGCAGCCCCGCCGGCGCCCGGAGGUCCCCACGCUCCUGGCGCACUGUCGCCGUGUACUCACCGGUGGCCUUCUGUGGCCUCUCCUCCUCGAUGGAGGUCGCGGCGGGCGAGCAGAAGCCCAGCGACGGAAAGCAGAGGCCGGCACCGGCGGAGACCCGGGAACCCCAGCUGGGAAAGGGAGAGGUGGCGGUGAGAAAAGCAGUCCCCAAGCCGUGCUCCAAGGAGGGCGACGUCCAGGAUGAAGGGCAGGCCGAGCAGGAGCAGCCACUGCGGGAGGACCCGGACAGUAGGGAGACCUCGCAGCCUGAGCCCGAGAAUCAGGAGCUGCGUCCUGCCCCAGAGGCGACUCAGGACCCUGGUGACCCGGCCACCGUGAGAGACGGGGCCUCCCCGCAGAGCACCGAGCAGGCCAAGGAGCACCUGCGCUUCCAGUUCUUAGAGCAGAAGUAUGGCUACUAUCACUGCAAGGACUGCAAUAUCCGGUGGGAGAGCGCCUAUGUGUGGUGCGUGCAGGGCACCAGCAAGGUGUACUUCAAACAGUUCUGCCGAGUGUGCCAGAAAUCCUACAACCCGUACCGAGUGGAGGAUAUCACCUGUCAAAGUUGUAAAAGAACUAGAUGCACCUGCCCAGUCAGACUUCGCCACGUGGACCCUAAACGCCCCCAUCGUCAAGACUUGUGUGGGAGAUGCAAGGACAAACGGCGGUCCUGUGAUAGCACCUUCAGCUUCAAGUACAUCAUUUAGUGAAAGCCAAAAAUGGUUCUGCUAGCUUGGGGCUAAUGGAGCGGGAGAGAGAG